AUGAGGGGAUUUGUGUCGAGUGGAAUACGAAGAAAAUAUAGUAGGCGGGAAAAAACCGAGGCCCUCCUAGCUAAAUCGCGAUUUCUUAUUCGUGAGGCUGCCAAAACCAAAAGCUUAAGCUCUUCUCAAGUCGAACAAUAUCCCAAUAUUGUGCCUCAUGGGCCUAUCUACCGUAAUGCCAAUGCUUUCUACCGGAGCUACUUGGAAAUGGAAAGAGUGUUCAAGAUUUAUGUGUAUGAAGAAGGAGAAGCUCCGGUAUUCCACGACGGCCCGUGUAGGAGCAUAUACUCCACCGAAGGAAGAUUCAUUCACGAAAUCGAGAAAGGGGAGCAUUAUCGAACGUAUGACCCGAACGAGGCCCACAUUUUUUUCAUGCCGUUUAGUGUAGUCAUGAUGGUUCGUUAUAUCUAUGAGUCGGGCUCGCCGGACAUGACUCCCGUUGCCAACACGGUUGCCGAUUAUGCCGACACGAUAGCCCAUCGACACCCCUUUUGGAAUCGAAGCCUUGGCGCCGAUCAUUUCAUGCUUUCUUGCCAUGAUUGGGGGCCUUACUCGAGUUCAUACUCACCAUUCUUGUUCAACAACUCCAUAAGAGUAUUGUGCAAUGCCAACACAUCAGAAGGCUUCAACCCUUUAAAAGACCUUCCUGCCGAUAUUUCGUACGAGAGCAUGCUUAAAAAGAGCAAAUUUUGCUUGUGCCCGAGUGGAUAUGAGGUGGCAAGCCCACGGGUCGUGGAGGCCAUUUACGCGGAGUGCGUGCCCGUGUUGAUAUCCGAUAGCUAUGUCCCGCCGUUUAGCGAUGUUUUGAAUUGGAGAAUGUUCUCGGUUACCGUGAGGGUCAAGGAUAUACCGAAGCUUAAGGGAAUAUUGAUGGGGAUUUCUGAGGCUAAGUAUUUGAAGAUGCAGAGGAGGGUGAAAGAGGUGCAGAGGCAUUUUGUGGUGAAUGGGCCUACAAAAAGGUUUGAUCUUUUCCAUAUGAUUGUGCACUCUGUUUGGCUUAGGAGGUUGAAUUUGAGGUUUCAUGGCUUGUGA